AUGGCCCCCGCUAGGAAGAUGGCCCCCGCUGGGAAGAUGGCCCCCGCUAGGAAGAAACCGGCUCCAAAGCCCACUCUAGCUGCGAACAUGCAGAGUGCAGCCAUAGGAAAGAAGCCGGCUGAAGCUGCACAGUCUGAGCCAGAGCUCGAUAUGGAGGUCAAGCAACCCCUCAGCAUGUCAAGUCUUGACCUAGAUGCCUCCUACGUCGGAGUAUUCCAGUCCCUCCAAGGACCACAGUUACGAUGGCCGCAAAUUUGGCAUGAAACCGGGGAACCAUACCCUCCACGUUGGACCACAGCUAAUCAGGACGGAGAUAUGAGGAAUCAUGAAGGCCAAAUCGAGAGAAACCCCAAGCGAAUGGGCGAGAACAACGUGCUGGACCAUGCUCGCGAAAGUCUUGCCCGUUAUAAGAAGCAGCUUGCGGAGGACAGAGAUCUGAAAGCCAAGUACCCCGGUCUCAAGUGGCAAGCCAUUCUACGGAUUGAAAACCUUAAGCAAAAAAAGGCAAUACUUGCUGAGCGAGGGGACCCGAGGAAGAUGCUUCCUAAUUUGGAAGCCAUCAUUACAGCUUAUGAGGGCCGCCAGAUAGACGUUUACGCAGAUGAGAGGUUGGUGACCUACUGGUACAAGGGCAAGCAGAUCAGUCAGCCACGACCCUUCGACUGGGAAGAAUACUAUGUCAUUGCUGCCGAGUGUGAAACUUUCAGAUCUUGCUGGGUGGAACCGAUUGGCAUUCCACGACGGACGUUGUUUUCGAUGGCUGAUUGA